UGGACUUAUUUAAAAUUCUGAUACAGUAGUGGCCUAACUCUAAUGUAGCUUGUGGAUUUAUAUAUAUCUGUUUUAUAUAUUUUGUUAAGUUAUUUUAAUUUUUCUUCUUCGGAAUAAAUUUCUUUCUUUCUUUUGUAGUUACAUACUUUUUGUGUGUUGUUUAUUGUAUACGUACUUAUCUCUGUUUCUUGUGCAUAUAUAUAUAUAUAUAUUAUUUUUCUGAUGCGAUGGAUAUCUUGAUAUGUGAUUGAAAGCAGGCAACAAUAUCGGAUGUCAUUUAUCGAUGAUCACAUGGUGGUCACAAGUAGUCAUCAGCAACACUCACCUCAUCCUGUGCAAGCAAUAAGAAGAGAAAACCGCCCCAGCUUGUAUCAUCAUCAGCAUCAUCAUCAUCGUCGUGACAUUGAAACCAGAGGAAGAGGUGGUCGUCCUUCUCUGGCUCCGGUCUAUACCAUGAAUUCGAGUAACAGCCUCAUACCCAUUCAUCAAUUAGCGCCACACCAGAGACACCUUUUCGGAGAUUAUCUACCAGAAGAUGAUGUGCUCGUGCUGGAUGAUUCUUCAGAUUACUCCCUUUAUAGUGGAAGCGGGCCUCACAUUCCGGCAACCCCCAAUUCAGAUAAUUUCCCUGAUAAUAUGUCUUACGAGGACGCACUAGAGUUUCAGGAACGAAUGGGCCGGGUUAGCACUGGGUUGUCAGAGAAAACCAUAGUAAAUCAGCUUAACACGAGAACCCAUGUUUCAUCUGCGAAUCAAGACGAAGAACUUGAAAUUUGUGUCAUAUGCCAAGCGGAGUAUGAAAAGAAUGAGACAAUUGGAAGACUUAGAUGCGGACAUGAAUAUCAUGCAGACUGCAUAAAGUCGUGGCUCCUUGAAAAAAAUGUUUGCCCUAUCUGCAAAGCUACACCUUUUUGAUCAUAUAUGUAGAGCUAGAAAGCCACUUUUAGAGAGGCCAAGGAUGAUGUAUAGACUCUGUUUAUUUCAUUUGUUUCUUUUAUGUCUAUUGUGGACAAUGUAUC